AUAUGCUUUAAAAAAGUAAAAAAAAAAAAGGUACAAGAAAACUAUAUACAGCCGCAACCGAGUUUUUUAUACCCAUCAUAGCUUAAUACUGAUCAAUAAUAUGUAGUCUUUAUAUGGUCUCUGAUGGCUUUUUCUGGAUGCUGCAAGCCUUUUGAUAAAGGAAAGAAAUUUCAAAAUUCUAUAAGAUUGAGUAGGCGUGGCCGAUUUAAUAUUCGAUAUAUUUUUGUUUUUUGACAAAUGCUGCAUGACCACCAAAUGCUAAUUUUUAUCGUUUUCAUUCUACCUAUUGUGGUUUAUAAGUAACAAGCAAAAACCCAAAGCUUUUAUAUUUUUGAAAGAAGACGUGCUCCCAAUUUGUGUCGUACUGUGGUUCUACUUUUUGACCAAUUUGGCUUAAUUUGAAUACCAACCUGCACGCAACCAACUUCUAAUCUUUAUGCUGAUUGCUACAUUUUUGCGACUAUGGAUAUUGCACAGACCGAUAGACGGACACGCUUAAUUCUGUGAUUCCGUAGAGUGUAUAUAUAUUUUAUGGGUUGUCCGAGCUUCCCUUCUGGCUGUUGCAAACGUUUUGACAAAGUGGAGAUAAAAAGUAAACAAGCGUAACGAAUUAAUUAAUAAAGAUAUUCAUAUCGAAAUUUAUCACCAGACAUCGCUUAGGGUGUUGGCUAAUCUAAGCAAAGAAAAGUAAAGAAAAGAAAAAAAUAGCUUAGAUACGCUGGCAUGAUUGAAAUGGAGAAAUUCUUGUUACUUUUUGAUCACGGUAUUAUAUAAUGAUAAUUAUUUAUUAACACACACACUUGGUUACUUAGAGCGACUUGAGUGCGUGUGCGUUAAGAGAAUUGUAGUUAUUAGAAAAUAAGUCGAAAGAAAUGAAAAUAAUAUAAAAUAAAAAAAAAACAAAAAUAUUUUAUUCAGAUGCUUUCCCUGCAUUCUUCUUAAUAAGCGGAAAAUUUUGACGAUAGAAAAAUCUUUGGCGCUCUUCAAGUAUUAUAUACAUUAUCAUCUUCAUUCAUUUUGUGUUCCUAAGUAUUAACAGUCAAUACAUUUUGUUCAUAUCUUUCACAACUUGUGACACUGUUAAAGCAUAAACAGUUUCAUGGAAGAUGCUGAAUAAUGUGUUUGAUUAUCUGAUUAAUCAAUUCUGCUCAGUUGUAAAUGUGUGUUGUGUAGACAAACACUCUGUAUUAUCAUACUUAUUAUUAUUCUUUCUCAGCGGCUUAUAAGUGCUAUCAAUCGCCUCUUCAAAUGAGACGGGAGGCUCGAAUUCCAUGAAACAAGAAUGUAUUAGUUUUGUUGCAUUUGUUGAAGAAAACAUUUGAAAAUUUUAAAUUCGUCCAAAAUCGGAAAUUUUGCACUAGUCUUUAAUUAGAAACGUUUUUCAAGCUGAUAAGAGUUUUUUGUAGAAAGAAUAAAAGAAAAUUCAAAAACAAUAAUUUUUCAUUAUUAUCCUCACAACGACGACAAUCAUAACUAUGCAAUUUAUUAACUUGCGAUUAAUAUUUAUAAUAACGACGUUGAUAGUAACUUCAGUAAAUGUUCUUGGACAGGAUGUUGUUGAAGAGCCAUUUGACUUGGAAAUUGAAUCAAAUGCUAUCGAUGAUCAUAAUGCUAAAGUUAGCGAGAAUCGUUUAGCCGCUCAAUUAUUUGCUGUACUAGAACAUUAUAAGCAAGAGGAUCCUGUAGGUAUACCGGGUUUCCCCAUAUCAGAUCCCUUCGAAAUGCCAAAUGUAAAGCAAAGCUUAGGUAUGGCCAACUUAAAUAUGAUGAAAAUUAAAGCCUAUGGAUUGUCUAGUUUCCGUUUAACAAGCAUUAAAGUUGAUCUCAAAGCCAUGAAGGCGGAGGGAAUCAUUGAGUUGGAUGAAAUGUAUACGAACGGUUCCUAUACUUUAAAUUCGUUAUUUUCCAAUGCCAAUGGUCCUUUCAAUGUGAUUUUGAAAAAGGUGAUGGCUAAGGGCACUGCUGUGUUGGCCGUUCAACGUAGCGGUCAUUUGGCAAUAGAACGCCUUAAAAUAGAUAUAACAUUUGAUGAUAUGGGCAUGGAUUUUCAAAACUUAGGUUUUUUAGGAAACAUAUUUCAGGGCAUCGUCAACUCAGCUCCAACAUUGGUAUUUGAUUCUAUGAAACCAUUUAUGUUACAAGCAGCCGAUAAGCAAUUUCGGGAAAUGGUUAAUAAAAACAUUACGGAGAUAAUGGGCGAACGUCUGCUGCCCAAUUCUAUAACCCCUUUAGAUAUGGUCAUAGCGGAAGCCCGUAAAAAGGUACGGGAAAAUGGUUGCGAUCCUUUUCGUUUGCCAGAUUAUAAUCGCACUGUAGGCGUAUUCAGUAUGCAGCUCGCCAAUUCUUGGAUAAAUGGCAUCUCAUCAUUUUACCGUGUCGGCGAUGUAAUUGUAUUAAUGGCUAAUAAAACCGUGAAUUUGAUAUUGCAAGUUGGUACACAGCAAAUUUCUGGAGCCGGUCAAUGGGAAGUUGGUUGCGGUUUGGUAACACGUAUUGGCCACGUCCACUUCACCCUCCAGCAUAUACGUGCGACGAUUAGUGUUAGUCAACCGUUAGAUACGCGAAAAAGACCACAAAUCAAUGAUUUACAAAUCGAUUUGGGUAACAUACAGGUGCGGUGUGAUGGUGCCGGCACAUUAGAUUAUAUACUCGAAUUUGCUGUUAACGUUUUACCGAAUAUGCUACGCUAUCAGAUAAUGGAUGCCCUUGAGAAUCCCAUUAAGAAGCGCAUUCAAGAACAGUUCAAUGCAAUUGAUGUAGAACAGGCGAUCAAAAAUAAUUUGGACAAAUUCCAGCAGAAUGUUGAAUUAACAUGUGAUUUUAAAUUCAUUUAAUCUCCUAUUUAAAACCC